UCCAUUUCAUGCAUUGCCACUUGCCAGUUUGCCACCAGCACACCACCACUGGCUUGUCUGUCUGUCCCAAGACUCCCAACCCUAGGCCCCAGCUCUCUCAUUUCUCCGGUCUCCCGUGUCCCCUUUCCUCUCCACCAUGGCUCCCCUCAGUCUCCUCCACCUCGCCUUGUUAAUAAUGGCCUCAUCACUGUUCACGCCAACGCCCGUCUCGGCAUCCAACGCCACGGACGACCUCUCGGCCCUCCUCGCCUUCAAGGACAGGCUUUCCGACCCUGGCGGCGUCCUCCGCGGCAACUGGACGGCCAGCACGCCUUACUGCGGCUGGGUCGGCGUCUCCUGCGGCCACCGCCACAGGCUGCGCGUCACGGCUCUGGCGCUCCCCGGCGUGCAGCUGGUCGGUGCCCUGUCUCCCGAGCUCGGCAACCUGUCUUUCCUCUCCGUCCUUAACCUCAGCGACACCGCGCUCACAGGGCAAAUUCCAACCAGUCUCGGGAAGCUGCCACGCCUCCUUUCCCUCGAUCUCUCCAGCAACUAUCUCUCUGGCAUCGUCCCGGCCUCGCUCGGCAACCUCACCAAGCUCGAGAUCCUCAAUCUCGACUCCAACAACCUCACCGGUGAAAUCCCACACGAGCUCCGCAAUCUGCAGAGCGUUGGGUUUCUUAUCCUCAGCAGGAAUGACUUGAGCGGGCCUAUGACCCAAGGCUUGUUCAACAGGACGUCUCAGUCUCAGCUGAGCUUCUUCAGCCUUGCAUACAACAGCCUGACGGGGAACAUUCCUAGCGCCAUCGGUGUUCUGCCAAACCUUCAAGUGCUCGAGCUGUCGAGGAACCAGCUUUCAGGGCAGAUACCGUCCUCACUGUUCAACAUGUCCAACCUGCUAGGGCUGUACCUCUCCCAGAACAAUCUCUCGGGACCGGUGCCAGACUGA